GUCUGGAUGUGGAUGGCAGGGCAGAGGGGUGCCUGGACCAUGGGCGACGUGGUAGAGAAGAGUUUGGAGGGGCCCCUGGCACCUUCUGCAGAUGAGCCCUCCCAGAAAAGGGGAGACUUGGUGGAAAUCUUAAAUGGGGAUAAAGUAAAAUUUGACGACACGGGACUCUCCUUAUUUCUUCAAAAUGGCUUGGAGACCCUCCGAGGGGAAAAUGCUCUGACAGAUGUCAUCUUGUGUGUGGACAUUCAGGAAUUCGCCUGCCACCGCGUGGUGCUUGCCGCGGCCAGCAACUAUUUCAGGGCCAUGUUCUGCAAUGACUUGAAGGAAAAGUAUGAGAAGAGGAUCAUUAUCAAAGGGGUCGACGCUGAGACCAUGCACACGCUCCUGGACUACACCUACACCAGCAAGGCGCUGAUCACCAAGCAGAAUGUGCAGCGGGUCCUGGAAGCUGCUAAUCUCUUCCAGUUCCUGAGGAUGGUGGAUGCCUGCGCCAGCUUCCUCACUGAAGCCUUGAACCCGGAAAAUUGUGUUGGAAUACUAAGGCUGGCAGACACACACUCUCUGGACAGUCUAAAGAAGCAAGUUCAAAGCUACAUCAUUCAAAAUUUUGUGCAGAUUCUGAACUCCGAGGAGUUCCUUGAACUUCCUGUGGACACUCUGUACCACAUCUUGAAGAGUGACGACCUUUAUGUGACUGAGGAGGCUCAGGUGUUUGAGACUGUGAUGAGCUGGGUCCGACACAAACAGUCUGAGCGACUCUGCCUGCUCCCCUACAUCCUUGAGAACGUGCGCUUGCCGCUGCUGGACCCGUGGUACUUCGUGGAGACGGUUGAAGCAGAUCCUCUCAUCAGGCAGUGCCCAGAGGUUUUCCCGCUGCUCCAGGAAGCCAGGAUGUACCACCUGUCUGGCAAUGAGAUCAUUUCGGAGCGCACCAAGCCCAGGAUGCAUGAGUUCCAGUCUGAGGUGUUCAUGAUCAUCGGUGGCUGCACGAAAGAUGAACGGUUUGUGGCAGAGGUGACCUGCCUGGACCCCCUGAGGCGCAGCCGUCUGGAGGUGGCCAAGCUCCCGCUGACAGAGCAUGAGCUGGAGAGUGAGAAUAAGAAAUGGGUGGAGUUUGCAUGCGUGACAUUAAAAAAUGAGGUGUACAUCUCAGGUGGCAAAGAAACACAGCACGAUGUUUGGAAAUAUAAUUCUUCAAUCAACAAAUGGAUUCAGAUUGAGUAUUUAAACAUCGGCCGCUGGAGGCAUAAGAUGGUGGUGUUGGGCGGCAAGGUCUACGUGAUCGGCGGUUUCGACGGCUUACAGAGGAUCAACAACGUGGAGACCUACGACCCCUUCCACAAUUGCUGGUCAGAGGCCUCGCCCCUCCUCGUCCAUGUCAGUUCCUUUGCGGCCACCAGCCAUAAGAAGAAGCUGUAUGUGAUUGGGGGAGGGCCCAAUGGGAAACUGGCCACGGACAAGACUCAGUGUUAUGACCCUUUGACCAAUAAGUGGAGUUUAAAGUCGGCCAUGCCGGUGGAGGCUAAGUGCAUCAAUGCAGUGAGUUUCCGGGACCACAUCUAUGUCGUUGGUGGGGCCAUGCGGGCACUGUAUGCCUACAGCCCUCUGGAAGACAGCUGGUGCCUGGUGACGCAGCUCAGCCACGAGCGGGCCAGCUGCGGCAUCGCGCCCUGCAACAACAGGCUCUACAUCACAGGCGGGCGGGACGAGAAGAACGAGGUCAUCGCCACGGUGCUGUGCUGGGACCCUGAGGCCCAGAAACUGACCGAGGAGUGCGUCCUGCCUCGGGGGGUGUCACACCACGGCAGCGUCACCAUCAGGAAGUCCUACACCCAUAUCCGGAGGAUCGUGCCCGGAGCAGUGUCUGUCUGA